CGCCUCUCGUGUUUCUCUCACUCUGCUCUCCGCUGUUCAAACCUCCGAGAGGGAAAAGAGACGGUCCCGGCCUGCGCUUCUCUCUCUCUCCACGCCGCCAGCGGGCUGAUCACUGCCUGCUGCUCCGCACUAAGUCCUGGAAAAUAUCCUGCGGAGCCACGUAAACGCCGUUUGUUUCAUUAUAUAACCAGCGAGAGACAGAACUGCAGCAGAGUACCAGAGCUGGUCCAAGAGAUGUCCUGCAUGCACAAUAUGAGCACACCACCCCCCCACAGAGCCCUGUAACCAAUGGCAACCUCAGUCCAGACUCUUCCUCUGACCCGUGGCCCCAACAAAAACUUCCGUAACCCAUUCCCAGCCCCGCCCCUAUCCUCCCGUUGCAGCAUGGGAAGUGUAGGCAGUCUGGUGGAGAGGCCAGAUGUGUCUCCGACUAAAGGCAGCCGUGCAGUGCCCCAGGUGAGACCCAAACAGACCAACGGCCUCCUGAAGAAAGGCUUCACCCAAAGAGAGCUACUCAACUACCUCAACAUCACCAGAAAAGAGCCUAAAGCAAGCCCAAGCAGUGACGGCAAGAAGGACAUUAUCUCUGGCCUCAGCUCUGCCAGUGCCCGUGAGGAGGACAACUUAUAUGCCAAGGUCUACCAUAAAGACGGCACCGAGGUAGAUUUGACAAAGAACUCACUGCCAAGUGGGGGCAAGUACGAAAAGGCUCGUUUUAGGUCUUCUGCCUUCAAGCCUGUCACCCCCAAAAAUUUCAGCUCCAUGCAGAACCUCUAUCCAUCUUCCAAGUCGGAGGAUUUGGACCAUGGCGUUUCUAACGGGCUGCACAGAGCCUACGCCCAUGUCCCUAAAGCUGUCUCCACCUCUUCCUCCUCUUCCUCACCCUCCCGUCAUGGAGGACCGACAUCCAGUGGUAACAAGGCCCUCUCCUCGGUGCGUGGAAUUAGCCAGGAGGAUGAUAACCUGUCAGACUCGGGCCAUAACUCCAUGAGCAGCCUGCCGCCGUACCGGCCUCCCUUCCGCCCACACCUGGCUCACAUCAGUGCAUCUAUGGGCCACAUCAACACCAUCGGCUCCCUGGACCGCACCCCUCUGGGCCUAAAGGCUGUAGGGUCAGGGGGCGUGGCCAUAGGGGAGAUGGCGUGUCGGAGCAUGGCGACCCUGAGCCGUCUGGCUCCAUAUGGAGGGGAGGCUCCACCUCCUUAUGAAUGGACACUCUCCCUGUCUGUCGAGGAGGUGGUCCGGGAUCUGGAGGAGCGCCUGGUGGAGAAAGAACAUGAGCUGAAACAGAUGAAAAGAAACCUGGAUGAGAGUGAGGGCGCCAUCGCUCAGGUGUUUGAAGGGAAACAGCGUCUGUGGGAGAAGGAGGUCGAGGAGCUGAAACGCCUAUAUGCUGCCAAGCUGCGUCAGGUUUCCCAGCAUGCCCAGCGUUCCCAUCGCAGCCUGCAGUUGCAGUUGUUCAAGGCCCAGCAGGAGAAGAACCGACUGCAAGAGGAGCUCGACAGCCUGAAAAGGGAAAGGAGCCAGGAGGCUGGAGCCAUGGUAAAGCGAACCAGUCCGACUCUGGAGGAGACGCAGUGGGAGGUUUGCCAGAAGUCAGGGGAGAUCUCCUUGUUGAAGCAGCAGCUGAGGGACUCCCAGGCGGAGGUGACCCAGAAGCUGAGUGAGCUCUUCCAGCUGAAGACGCAGCUCAGGGAGACCCGCACAGAGCUGCGCAACAAGGAGGGCCAGAUAGAUGCACUAAAGCUAGUCCUGCAGGGGACACAGCGUCGCAGACCCCCCUCUCAGAAUGCACAUGAAGAUGGAAAAGGAGCUGAAGAGAGUCCUUCAGCUGGGGCAAUAGGAGGGUGCGGGGGCCCUACAGAGGAGCGUCUGCGCGCAGAACUUCUGCUGGAGCGACGCCAGAGUGAGGCCCAGGCCACAGCUUUCGAGGAAGAGAGGCAGACAUGGCAGACAGAAAAGGACAAGGUCAUCCGUUACCAGAAGGAGCUGCAGGCCAGCUACUUAGAGAUGUACCACCGCAAUGAAGCACUGGAGAGGGAACUGCACCAGCUGAGGGCAGGCAGAGAGCGAGGAGGAGAAGGAGCAGGAGGAGGAGGGAGCAGAAAUGGGACAUUGGAAAGAGAAGUGCCAGAGCUGAGGAAUGAGAGAGCAGGUGAAAAACAAGAGGACAGACCUUCCUCUGGUUUGCCGUGGAUAGAGAGAAUUGAAUCAUCUGAAAUUUGAAUGUGGCUUAUUUGCAAUGCAAAUUGUUUUCUCCCUGUAGUAUGGUUUCUACGGAAGACCAUGUCCGCCAGGAAAAGGAAAAGAAAUAGACUUACUAUUCAGGUUCUUCUCAUCUCAUAAUUCUUUGUCAAAAUUAUGUGAUAUUAUGAGUAAAUAAAUUAAAUGUUGACUUUCUAAGUCAACAUUCAAAUAUAAGUCAAAAUGUUGACUUUCUUAAACAAAACUAUGAGGUACUAAGUCAAACUUUGAUCUACUAUGUCAAAAUUAUCAGAUACUCUGUCAAAACGUUGACUUACUAAAUCAAAAGUAUGAGAUAUUAAGUCAAGACUGAGAUAGUGAUUCAAAAUGUUGACUUACUAUUUUAAAAAUUCAACUUAUUAUCUCAGAAUUUUGAUUUAGAUUAAUAAUUGUAUUUUUAUCAGGCAUAACAUUUAAUCAAUUUUUUUUCUUUUCCUAGCAAAAAUUGGCUUCCAUAGGUUCUUAUCCGUUUGAUAUUCUCUGCCCAUGCCCCCUUGUUGUUUAAUGUCCUUAUCCUGCAAAGACUGGACCAAUCAACUCCUACAGAGCACACAAAUACUGAGGGUAGCUGCACAGAAAUACUGUCUGUGCUUCAGUGUCAAUUCUAUAAAAAUACAGCCAAGCACCUAGACUGUCCUGCUUAAGACUUCUGUCCAAUUAUAAACCUGUAAAUGAGCAAGUUGAUAUGCUGAUUGUUACUAUUUUGUGUUCAUUUGGUAGUUACUUUUUGGUUUGGACUGCAGUAUAGUCUUGACAGUAACCAAAGGGAUUUUGUGUGGUCUGGUAACAUCUCAACCUGUUCAGUCUGUGCAGAAGGUUAUGUGGAUUCAGGGUUCACCUGGGCUCUGGGAGGAAAGCUGCAUCUCUGGGUUAAGUAUCGAGGAUUAAAACUAUCUGGUGCCAAGGUACUAAUGCUAUUUCUUUGCCAUCAAGAAAACGGUGUACCCUACUUAAGAAACUGAACUUUUUUCUCAUUCAGUUUUCAGCAGGUGCGAUCUAUAUAUUUUGUACAUAUCGUAAUUUUGAUUUGAUUGGCCUUUUGUCAUUGUAUUACAAGCACACUGUUGUCUUAAAUGGGCAUAUUUCCACAUCUUUUGAUUGCAAUGAAAGCAAUCAAUAGAUUAUGGUUUUGAACAUGACUGCCCUGCUUGUGCGAUUUGUUGCACAGCCAAUAACAUCAAAUGCAUGACGUAGGUGAAGUUGUUCUCUUGUAUUGUUUAUUAUUAAUAUAUGAACAUUCAAAAGCCAGCUCUCCAUCAACCUUUCAACAUACUGUGACUCUUGUCUAUUUACUGGAAUUAAAACUGUACAGUAUAAAUAUAUGUUUGUUUUGGAUUCAUAAUAAACAUUUAUGAAGUGGUGUAAAAUUA